UCGUGUAUUCUUCUUUGUUAUUGGUAGUGUUUGAACAACGGGUAUAUUGACGAUUAACCAUGAAUUUUUGAGGCGAAGUUCAACAUCAUACAUAUGUUUAAUAAAAAUAAUAUUGUUAAUAUUUCGUAUAACGGUGCUUUAAUAUAAAAGGUUGAUAAAAUUAUAAAUAAUCUGGAAUUUAAUGCGUUCAACUCGCCACAAUAGAGAUAAAGUGUUUAAAAAUAUUGUUUUUUAUAAAUAAAAGAAAACAAAACGGAUAUACAUAUACAUACAUAUUUAUUUUCCUUAAAAGUGCUGGGCACUGGAAAAUAUAUUCAUAUAUUAAAAAUUUCGGUUAAAAAUAUAUUUUCCUAAAGUGGAAUUGUAAAAACUUGCCUUAAGUUGAAAACAGCAUGAAAAUGGUGUUGUCGCAACGGCAGCGCGAGGAGCUUAACCAAGCGAUUGCCGACUAUUUGGGCAGCAAUGGAUACUCAGAAUCUUUAGAAGCAUUCCGCAAGGAAGCCGAUCUCAGUGGUGAAACAGAAAAAAAGUUUGGCGGUCUACUCGAAAAGAAAUGGACAUCAGUAAUACGUCUACAAAAGAAAGUCAUGGAACUUGAGGCUAAACUUUCCGAAGCAGAAAAAGAGGUUAUAGAAGGUGCUCCAUCAAAAGCUAAACGUAGUCCAGGCGAAUGGAUACCAAGGCCACCAGAGAAAUUUUCAUUGACCGGUCAUCGUGCCAGCAUAACACGAGUUAUAUUUCAUCCAAUAUUCAGCCUAAUGGUGUCAGCUUCUGAAGAUGCUGUCAUUAAAAUUUGGGAUUUUGAGACAGGCGAAUAUGAACGCAGCCUUAAAGGUCACACAAAUUCUGUGCAAGAUAUUGCAUUCGAUGCUCAAGGCAAAUUGUUAGCUUCAUGUAGUGCUGAUUUAUCUAUCAAAUUAUGGGAUUUCCAACAGAGCUACGAAUGUGUCAAAACAAUGCACGGCCAUGACCAUAAUGUAUCAUCUGUUGCUUUUGUGCCAGCUGGUGAUUAUGUUCUUUCAGCUUCUCGUGACAAAACGAUUAAAAUGUGGGAGGUUGCAACCGGUUAUUGCGUUAAAACGUACACAGGUCAUAGGGAAUGGGUACGUAUGGUUCGCGUGCACAUGGAUGGUAGCAUUUUUGCAUCAUGCUCAAUUGAUCACUCAGUUCGGGUUUGGUCGACAAAUUCAAAAGACUGCAAGGUUGAAUUGCGUGAUCAUGAUCAUACUGUCGAAUGUAUUGCUUGGGCACCAGAGGCUUCUUCUUCAGCUAUAAAUGAGGCUGCUGGAGCUGAUAAUAAAAAGGGUCAUCAUCAAGGACCCUUCUUGGCAUCUGGUUCAAGAGAUAAAACCAUACGCGUCUGGGACGUAAGUGUUGGUUUAUGUUUAUUUGUGCUGUCCGGCCACGACAAUUGGGUGCGAGAAUUAGCAUUCCAUCCUGGUGGUAAAUAUUUAAUAUCAGCCAGUGAUGACAAAACAAUUCGAGUUUGGGAUUUACGUAACAAACGAUGCAUGAAAACUCUUUAUGCUCAUCAACAUUUCUGCACUUCAGUUGAUUUCCACAAAACACAUCCAUAUGUAAUUUCUGGUAGCGUAGAUACAACGGUUAAGGUUUGGGAAUGUCGUUAAGCCAAUAGUUAUUAAAUUAGAAUGGAGUGAUACUUGCAGCGUUUGUUAGCUUGUACGCUCCAGGAGAAGAUAAAUACAUACAUAAUACUAUUUAAGAGCUACAAUUUACUUCAAUUACUGCAGAAUAUACACAGAACAUACACACAACAUAUACAUUUAAAAAAAAUAUACAUAUAUUUAUUGAUUAUAAUUUAAUUUGAAUACAAAACAAAAUAAAGAUGGAUCUCUAUCAGAUUCGUCGAUAUUAAUUAUUAGAUUAUAUAUAAAUUACGUUUAAAACAAAACAAACAAACAAACAAAAAAUGGCAUCGUAUAUGUAUUUGCUAAAAACAAAAACAAAGAAAUAUAAAAUUCUUACAAUUUGUUGUCGUUUGGCGUCAAAUCAUAUUCGAUAGAGUCGUAACGUAACACUUUUUCUUUUGUUGAUCGUUGGUACUGGACUAAACAAAUUGAUGAAAUAUUGACAACAUGUGGGUGUCAAUAUUUUUACCGGUUCAUAAGGAUCAACAAAAUUGUAUGUUUUCUCACCUAAAUUUGAAUAAGUAUUGAGUAGAACUCGAAUCAUAUAUUAUGUACGUACGCCUUAUAAUUAAUUAAUUGUAAUCAUAAACACUUUCGUUUAAGUUUUUUUUUUUUUGCUUGCUGGAUUUUUAUUUUUCUAUAAUAAUUAUUAAACCUAAACUAUUAUUAUUAGAUUUAUGAUUUUAUAUGAAACUUAAAGAAAAACGUGUCUCUUAAAUUCAAGUUCAAGUAGAAGAUUUAAGUUAAUAUUAAUUAAUUCGUAGUAAAGUAGUGUUUUUCCAUUAGGGCGAGUUUUAAUAAACCCAACAGCAAUUGAUAUUUCUACUAUUACUAUCAAUGAAAUCUAUUAUUCAAAUUGUAUGUAUUAUUAUAAUGGAUAAGUAGUAGAACAACAGCAAUAGACAGAUCCUCUUUCACUUUUAUUAUUCAACAGCAUCUAUCUAUCUUUCUGCUAGAUUGGCUAAAAACAACGCUUAAGAAUUCUGUAUAAAAAUAAUGUAUACUAUACAUACAUACUACGUACGAGUGAAAAUAUUUAAACGAUUUAUUUAUUUCCUUUCUUAUUUGCUGAAUAUAAUUUUUUCUUUAAAAUGUUAAUUAAAUUUAUAUCUUCCAAUAUCUUGCAAAUAUUUAAAAAUUUCUCUUUCACUUUUAGUUCCCUCUUAUUACUGAACUGUAUUUUUUUUUGUUAAUUUCUUUGUUCUUUUGGUAUUAACUGAAAAGUAAUAAAUUAAAGUAAAACUUAUUUUGUUAUUAUUUUAUCUUGAUCUGAUUGAUUGUGAAAAUUGAAAACCACCCGGCUUAAUAACACAAUGAGAAUAUAAAAAGGAUAAAGAAAAACAAAACUUUUUGUUUUAUUUUUUCAUUAUUUUAAAUGCUAUAGUGAACGAUUUUGUCUUGCAUAUAAAUUGUGUCUAACCAAACAAAGCCCUGGAUGUUAUGCUUUUUGAGUUGCAUAUAUUUGUAAAAUUAUCAACUAAAUAAACCAAAACUAUUGAAUAUGAAUAUAAAAAUUAUACAAUACAAAACAAAAAUUGUGCACCUUUAGAAAAGCUUUAUAAUAAUAUGUACUCUAAACUGUUUCACUGCUCUCCAUUUUUGAAUUAUAAUACGAAAACAUAACUUAAUAAUACUUAUGUAUACAUAAUAUGUAUGUAUGUAAUAAAAAAUAACGGAAAAAAUACAUAUAUUAACAAUUUAAUAUAUGAAAUCAAUUAAUUUUGGAAAAUUAUUAAUUAAAUUGAAAAUAAAAGUUUAAAAAUUACCGUCAUAUUACUUAAAACAAUACUUGUACAACGGUGAACCGAACAAUUUUUGAAAUUACAAUUGUUUAGUGAAGCGCUCGUAAACAACAUUAUUAAUCUAUAAACAUAUAAUGGAUACUUCAUUUUUACCCCAACCGAAAUGCUAUAGAAAUUUGGACAUUAUUAAAAUUACAUAUUUUUGAUGAUAAUAAAAAGAAUCUUACGAACAAUGUGUAAUAAAGUUUGUAAUUAUGAAUAAUUCUAAAAAUAAAAAAAACAUAAUAAAAAUUCA